AUGGUCCAAUUUCACGAGCACAUAAUCGCCGACCUCCUCGAAAACCCACCCAACGGCUCCGGCCUGGUGAUCCUCUCCUCCGGCCUCUCCCUUCCCAAACUCAUCGCCUCCCUUCUCCUCCUCCACACUCCCUCCCAAGGCACCCUCCUCGUCCUCUCCUCCUCCUCCUCCUUCAAAUCCCAACUCCUCCACCACUUCCACCCCAACCCCAUCUCCGAAAUCACCGCCGACCUCCCCGCCCCCCACCGCGCCUCCCUCUACUCCUCCGGCCGCCCCUUCUUCAACCCCCGCAUCCUCAUCGUCGAUCUCCUCACCUCCCGCCUCCCCUCCUCCCUCAUCGCCGGCCUCCUCCUCCCCGCCGCCCACUCCCUCUCCGAAACCUCCACCGAGGCCUUCAUCGUCCGCAUCUUCCGCUCCCUCAACACCACCGCCUUCGUCCGCGCCUUCUCCGACAAGCCCCACGCCAUGGUCUCCGGCUUCGCCAAGGCCGAGCGGACCUUGAAGUGCCUCUUCCUCAGGAAGCUCCAUCUCUGGCCGAGGUUCCACGUGGGAGUCUCCGCCGAGCUGGAGAGCCACGCGCCGGAGGUGGUGGAUAUUAGGGUUCCGAUGACGAAGCACAUGCUGGGGAUCCAGAAGGCUAUUAUUGAGGUCAUGGAUGCUUGCUUGAAGGAGAUGAGGAAGACGAACAAAGUCGAUGUGGAGGAUCUGACGGUGGAGAAUGAGUCGAGUUAUAAGAUAUUUGAGUAUGCAAAGAAAAGGGUUUAUCGUUUUGUGACAUCCAGUGGGGUGAAUGUGAGUGAGCAGAGUAAGAGUUCGAAAGGCAAGAAGAGGAAACUGAAGGGGGAUGAUGAUAAAGAGCAAGAUGUUGGUGGCACUUCAACGACCAGUGUAGUUCUGGAUGAAGUUUUAGAGGAGGCACCAAAGUGGAAGGUCUUACGUGAGGUUCUAGAAGAAAUAGAAGAAGAAAGACAAAAACAUGCUUCAUCAAGAGAAGAUCAUCUGGUUGAAGAUAAUGUAGAAGGUAGUGACAUUAUUCUAGUGGCAUGUAAAGAUGAACGAUCAUGCAUGCAGCUUGAGGAUCUCAUCAAUAAUGGUCCACAAAAGGUAAUGCGGGAAGAAUGGGAAAAUUACUUGUUGGGCAAGGGAGAACUGCGUGACUUGCAUACACGUUUUAAAAAGAAACCAAAGAAAGCCAAAGGUUUUGGGAUUCUUGAUGGAGUUGUUCAUACGACUGCCCCCCAGAGUACAGAAGCUAGCAGCAUAAACAAGCAGGAACAUGAUGCUCUUUUGGCUGCAGCAUCUGCGAUUAAUAAUCGAGCUAAAAAAGAAGAUGCUAUUGGAGAUGAUCCCCAGCGUAUUGUCAGUGGCCGAGGACAUGGAAAGGGAAAGGGAAAAGAGGUUCCAGCGAAGUCUCCACUGAAUGCAGAAGCUAGCGGUGUAGACAAGCAGGAACCUGCCUCUGGAUCAGAAGGUGACCCUGUAGGUGAAGGGUUUUUGAGGAAGCAUACUGAACAGCUUCAUUCUACCGCAUUGAAAAUUGCUAAGCCACUACCUCCAGUGCACUUUUAUGCUCUUGAAAGUGGUCAACCUAUACUUGACAUUUUGAGACCCUCUACUAUUGUUGUUUACCACCCAGAUAUGACUUUUGUCAGGGAAAUUGAAGUCUAUAAAGCUGAGAAUCCCUCAAAGAAGUUGAAAGUAUAUUUUCUUUUCUAUGAAGAUUCUUCUGAGGGUCAAAAGUUUGAGGCAAGCAUUAGAAGGGAAAAUGGAGCCUUUGAAUCUUUGAUUAGGCAGAAGUCACUGAUGAUGAUACCAGUUGAUCAGGAUGGAAACUGCAUGGGAUCAAGUUCUUCUCUAGAACCUGAGGUGUCAUCCCAAAACUCCAUAACUAGAAAAGCGGGGGGAAGACGGGAGGUUGAGAAACAAAUGCAGGUCAUAGUGGACAUGAGGGAGUUCAUGAGCAGCCUUCCAAAUGUUCUCCACCAGAAGGGCAUGCGCAUAAUACCUGUGACCUUGGAAGUUGGAGAUUAUAUCCUUUCUCCAUUAAUAUGUGUGGAGAGAAAGAGUAUUCAAGAUCUUUUUAUGAGCUUCACAUCAGGCCGUCUUUAUAACCAAGUAGAAACUAUGGUGCGGUACUAUAGAAUACCUGUCCUCCUGAUUGAAUUUUCACAAGACAAAAGCUUCUCAUUUCAGUCUGCAAGUGAUAUUGGGGAUGAUGUCACACCAAAUAGUAUUAUUUCUAAGCUGUCGUUGCUUGUUCUACAUUUCCCUCGUCUACGAAUCAUCUGGUCUCGCAGUCUGCAUGCUACUGCUGAAAUCUUUGCUACUCUCAAGGCAAAUCAGGAUGAACCUGACGAGACAAAAGCAACUAGAGUUGGUGUACCCUCUGAAGAUGGGAUCAUAGAAGAUGACGUGAGGGCUGAAAAUUACAAUACAUCUGCCGUGGAGUUCUUGAGACGACUCCCAGGUGUGACAGAUUCGAAUUACAGGUCAAUAAUGGAUGGUUGCAAGAGUUUGGCAGAACUUGCUCUGAUGCCAGUGGAGAGGCUAGCCGAAUUAAUGGGUGGUCAUAAAGCAGCUCGGACGUUGAGAGAGUUCCUUGAUGCCAAGUAUCCAACCCUGUUAUAAAAGUUCCCUCAGACCAUUGCAAUUGUACGGUUAGAGCUCAGAACGUAAUAAGUAGCACCAUUUAUCGAUUGAGGAAUUUUGCCUAGCAUUUUCCAUUGUGUCAUUCAUUGUAAUUUAUAAAAUCGAACAAAGUUGCUUCGACAUAUGCCAUUGGCAAUCCAUUUAUUU